UUAAAGAGGGGCGUGGUCGGUCUUCACAUAGCUACAUGAGCUCAGGACCUAGAUCUAGGUUUCUCCUUCAGAUCAGCGCUCUAACAAUGUUUUUCUUUGCAUGUCUGCUGUUGUCCGGGUUAGUACUGACCAGUGGCCAAAGUGAGAGCAAUGCUACUCUCUCUGACAUCAAGAUUUGGCCAUGCAGUGGAACCACUCAUGAGAACGUGUCCCUGUACAAGAGUGACAUCUACACAGUGGUGAACAGUGUAUCUCUUUGUGGGGACAAUUGGACUCCAAGCACAGCAAAUGGCCUUGUUGUGCAUGCCUAUGCCGAGGCUGUGGAUGGGAACAACCUGACACAAUCUCCUGUGGUGUUUGUUGCUCGACAGAGGGAGGAUGGAAUAGUCUCCUGGACCAUCCCUCUGAAACCUCAAGGAUUCUCGACUCUGUUCUACCAAGUGAACCGUACAGUGUGCCCCAUCUCUCCCCAGCAACCAGGCAACCUCCCCCUCCUCUAUGUAGAUGUCUUCAGCAGCUCACCCACGCCUGUCAACUACAGCAUCUCUAUAGAAGCAAUCGGAGACUUUGAGAUCAAAGUUGUUACAGAAGAACAGGAUGAAAAUUCCACUUUCUUAGUGGCUGGUGCAGCAGCUCCUCAGAUUCGCUAUGUGAGGUUCCCUAAUGACAGUGAUGUGCUGACAGUGCAGGCCAAAGCAAAUAACUCUAAGUGUGUUUUCAUUUCCAUCCAAAACAACACAUGUCCAGUGAAUGAUUUGCUGAGAACUGCACAGUCUCGCGGCAUCUUUCAGACCAUGAGUACCUCGGCUUUCCUCACUGUCAGGGCGAGUGAAGUUCAGAACAGAGAGUUCCUCGUAAUCAUCAUCACCACCACAUUCUCUGUGUGUCACAGUAGUGACUUUGCAGAGGAAACAUCUCUCAAUAAUGAGACAGAUCCCUUUGAGCAGAUUAUAGAGCUACAAGUGAAGAAACUUCUUCCCGGUAAGCCUCCGAGUGAAAGGAAUAUGUGUGUAUUUGUAAGGCUGGCUACCCAAGCUUCACACAUCAUUUGGGCCAUUCUUCUUCCUCUGCUUAUCUUCAGUGCAGUGGGUAUGCUCGGGUCCAUAGCUCCGUUCUGUUGUCUACACAUUCGAUGGACACCUUGGAGCCAUUGUUCUCGAGGAAAAUCCACUGUACAAAACAAUAAUAUUCAGUCUGAAACAGAAAAGAUAAUCAAUACCACUGUACCAAGCUAUCAGUCAACAGCAUCUGGCUCCGAAGAGUGUAAAGUUCAGUCUGUGACAAGAAAUGAUGACGAAGUUUUGAAAAACAAGAAAAUGUUGUCAGACACGUGUAAAGUUGACUAUGAGAAGCUGAAAAAACAGUAUUCUGUGUAUGGCUGGAACACUUUCACUGUGGGAAUAUUCUAUGCUCUGCCAGCCUUCCAACUGGUCUUCUCUGAGCAGAGGCUUUUGAACUCUAGUGGCAACCAAGACCAAUGCUACUACAACUUCAAGUGUGCAUACCCAGUGGGUGUACUGAGCGCCUUCAACAACAUCUGGAGCAAUGUGGGCUAUGUGAUCUUGGGCUUCUUCUUUCUUGCUGUUGUGUUUUUUCGAAAUAGAAAGUACAACAAACGCAGACAAGAAGCUGCAAAUAAAGUCGACACGCAUGGAGUGCCCCAGUACUUUGGUAUCUACUAUGCCAUGGGCAUUGCUCUGAUCAUCGAGGGCUUCAUGAGUUCCUUCUACCACAUCUGCCCCACCAACGCUAACUUUCAGUUUGAUACUGCAUUCAUGUUCAUCAUUGGAGGCAUUUUCUUAGUCAAAAUGUUCCAGAACAGACACCCGGAUAUCCACGCUAACUCUUUCCUGGCAUUCUUCUCUUUUGCUGUCCUCAUAUUGUUCACACUAUUUGGCCUGUACUACGACCACCAACACCCAGUGGAAGUUCGAAUGCUACUCUUCCUAGUUAUACUGGGAAUAUUGCUCGUCUUUUUUGUCUCUUUCUACCACUUUCAUGAGCUGAAAUUUAUAAAGGAAACACUUAGGAAUCUCCGAGAGAAUGUCAAGUCUUUCUGUACAACUGCUCCACAACACAAGGGACACUUUUUUACGCUCUUCAGCGCAUUUAUCAUCAACUUAGUCAUGGUGAUAUUGAUGAUAGCCCUUUACAAAAAGUUGGACAUUGCUACAUGUGUGGUCAUUUUCUUCCUCAUCAAUCUGUCGUUCUUCCUCUUGUUGUACAUCGUAAAAAAGCUGUACUAUAAGGAGCCAAUGACCAUCCUCCCACUCGUCUUGUUCGUCCUUAUUGUCUUUUUCUGGGGAUUUGCGUUCUUUUUCUUCUUCACACAUGUUUCAGACUGGAGUCUCACCCCUGCUGAAUCAAGGGAGCUUAAUAGAGAGUGUGCUCUCCUCGGUUUUUACGACUUCCAUGAUAUCUGGCACUUCCUAUCUGCUUGUGCAAUGUUCGUCACUUUUCUCUUCAUGCUUGUCGUGGAUGAUGGAGUGGCUGAUAUGAAAAGAGACCAACUCAACGUCUUUUAGCUGUGUUUGAGAUACUGACAUUAAUGUUGUAUAGACGUGUGUGUGUGUGUACAUUUUUUUUACAAUUGGAUUUUUACGUAAUUGUGUGAGCAACUUA